CAGCUAAGAGCCAGCCUUCAGCUGUUCACUUUAAAAUAAUGUGUAUGCAGGAUAGUUUUUAAUAAAUAAUGCAUCUGCGCCUCUCAUAUAAAGGUGUGUAUCCUCAUAUAUCUGCUGUGCACAAAAGCUCUGGAAUAACGCGAGCCGGUUUCAAUUAAAAAUCAUUCUGUUCUUACAAGCUAACAUCAGAUUCCUACGAAGUAUACAUAUUGUGAUUUGUGAUUGAUCCACACCUACUCUGCGACGAUAACAGAGCGACAUACACCGCAGUAGAAACAGGCGAAUCAGCUCAUAUAAAUAACGUAGUAAUCAACCAGGGCUCUUCACCAUGCCUCUGCCCUCAGGAGUCGAGCAGCUGACUGGAAAUGACCAGGCCACCCAGGACAAACGGGUGGCACUGUUGAAUGGUCUCAAUGUGCUGUUCCUGGGCAUGCCUAAUCUGCCAGGGAUGUCUGGAUCAUUGUACGAGAAGAACGAGGCCCUUGUCGCCACUGGAGCCAACAUCUGGGCUGUGUUCAACAGUGAAGAGGAUGAGCUGUACAAGUUUCUGCAGUGCGGCGAGAAGAAGCUGUUCCCGAAGUCUAUGUUCGCGGAUCUCAUGAGCGACGACGUCUACGUGCAGGCCGAGAAUGUCAAGAAGGCCGCGGCUGAGGCGGGAGUGACUUUCGACGGUGUGUUUUCUCCGUACGAGAAUAUGAUGACCGUUGUAGGCGCGUGCGCGGAGGUCAUGGGGUUGCCAGGCAACAUAGUGUCGGCGUAUUUAACUGCCCGAGACAAGCACACCGCACGAGAGGUGCUUCGAAAGGCAGGCAUCGCCACCCCAGCGUCUGCGCGUGUGUCCACAGUAGAGGACAUUGACCAGGCCUGUAAGGAUGUGGGGUUCCCCAUGAUAGUUAAGCCCACCGCCGGUGCUGGGUCGCAAGGGGUGUACAUCGCACGCAGCGAGAGUGAAGUCAAGGGAUUGGUCACCAAACUGCUGGACGAAAUCUCGGGCAACGCAUUCCUCAGCUACAACCCAGGGGUCAGUGACGGCGGCAUCGUGUGUGAGGAGUUCUUGGAGGGGGAUGAGACAGACGUCGACUGUCUGCUGUCCCCAGGCGAAGGCAACAAGGCCGUCUACCGCAAUGUGUGCGACAACGGCCCAUGCGUGCCUCCUUUCUUUGUGGAGAAUCGUGAAAAUGCGCCGUCUCUGCUUCCUGACGACGCACAGACACAGCUCAAAGACUACGCCGAGAGCUGUCUCCGUGCCUUUGGCUUCACAGUCGGCUGCUUCCAUGUGGAGUGCAUGUGGACCAAGAAAGGGCCGCGUCUGAUCGAGGUCAACCCUCGUAUGGGCGGAGGCCCUGUGCCGCAGUUCCACAUGGACGCGUAUGGUGUGGACAUGUAUCUGAACUUCUUCCUGGCGUUGUGUGACAUCCCCAUCAACCCCCCACUGCCCAAGGAGCCGCUGUGCACGCUGGUCAGCUACUGGAUUGCCAGUCCCACUACUGGUACACUCAAUAGUCUGGAUUUCUUGGAGAAGGUUAAGGCUCACCCCAAGUGCAUCUCAGCAGCACCCAACUUCAAAGUGGGUGACAAGGUCAAAGGAGUGGACAAAUCUGUUCCCGAUGUGCUGGGGGCCUUCAUGCUAAAGUACACCUACGCGGAGAGAGUGCAGGCUGUAAAAGAGGGAGAGGAAUUGGGCGAGUCGCUUGAGUUUGACAUCACUCCUGAGGAGAAGGCUCCACGCCGUCCCUCACGUCGCAUGUCUCUGCUUGAACCACAGGAUUUAGUUGAUAACAAUUAAUUAUUAUAUAUAGGUUGUGUUUUCUUUUUCCCUCCAUAAACUGCAGUGUAACGCCAAAUUAAACAAGCGGGUGAAAUUCGAUCGGCG